AGCCCACUGAAGAAGAAUACAUCGAAUCUGGUCAUUGCAAAUCGUUUUCGGCAUGUGAGAUAAUUUACUUGUUCUCUGUAAUAUCGUAUAGAUUUGGAAUCGGGACAUUAUUUACUGCGGAGGAAAAUAUGCAGGUUUCUCGAUUCAUUCCCUCACUAUGAGAAGGGAUUGAGUGACGAUUCGUUUGGCAACCUUGUGACCCAGCAUGGCCAGUGUGAGCCAGAAUACUAACUAGCCAGCCUGUUGUUCUUUCAAAUGCGAUGGUCAGUGGAUAAACGAGCUGAGUUGAACAUUUGUCAUAAAACGAACUAGUAGCCAGUUGUUGUUGUUGUCCAUGGUGGAAUAAUAUCAAACCCACAGUCUCCCGAGUCUAGUUAGCAUUUCGCUACCUAGCUAGGCUGUUUUUAUGACAAAACGGUUGAUCUGAAUCAAACACUAACGUUAGUUAGCCAUCCUCGGCGACAAUGUUAUUGUGGCGCAGGAAUGUAAGAUUCGUGUUUUAACGUUAUGUUAAUUGUCAUUGAAGUUGAUGUUUACUAUUAGGUUUCAGAUCCGAAGUAAGAUAAAUUGUCAGCCAUGUUUUGUUUCGUUUAUGCCUCAGUAACGUCAAGCAUUUAAGAUAACUCAACCAGUCACCCAAUGGGUUUUAUGUAGAGAGGUAUGAAUAUACACGAUAUUGCCCCUUACUGCUGAAGGAAAUCACGCCUUCCAGCAGACCUCUUGUGAACACUUAAACAAAGUAACUAUACUACUGUUGACAUUUUUUAUUUAUUUUUUGCAAUUCAGGAUAUCAUUUAUAUAACAAGUUGUCUGAUAAAGGAGAAAUAGCUUCCUCAAUGGAUCAGGACAAAUAUAGCCCAUUCCCCUCCACCCUCCCGAAGUCGCCAGGUCAAACGUCUCCCGGGACCGCUUUACUGCUGGGUCUGGUUGACUGCAGGACAACACCGGGGCAAAGAGGAGAAGAAGAAGAGAAGGAAGAUGGAGAGUUGAUUUCAUUAAGUAAGAACCAUGGGGACAGCCCUAACCGUUGCUCUCUCAGCGGGAGAGGCUUGUCAUCUGGGGAGCCUCGACAACAUCGUGAUGCUGACAAGACAGAGAAGAGUCUCUCCAGAUCAGGACGUUUCAAUAAACACCGGCAUAGAGGUAUAGGGAAGAAACCUCACCACUGCUGCUUUGACUGGGGGAAGAGUUUAGCUAAACAGAAGGAAUUGAUCAUUUACCAGCGGCGUAACACUGGAGAGAAACCGUACCACUGCUCUCAGUGCGGGAAGAGUUUAGCUGCAUCUAAAACCUUAAAAUCUCAGAUAAUUCAUACAGGGGAGAGGCCUUACCCCUGCUUUGAUUGUGGGAUGACCUUCAGUCAAUCAAGGGCCCUGACAACACACCAACGCAUACACACAGGAGAGAAGCCUUACAGCUGUGAUCAGUGUGGGAAGAGCUUCAGGAACUCAGGACACCUGACUAGACACAAACGCAUACACACAGGAGAGAAGCCUUACAGCUGUGAUCAGUGUGGGAAGAGCUUCAGGAACUCAGGACACCUGACUAGACACAAACGCAUACACACAAGAGAGAAGCCUUACAGCUGUGAUCAGUGUGGAAAGAGCUUCAAUCAAUCAGGCGAUCUGACAACACACCAACGCAUACACACAGGAGAGAAGCCUUAUAGCUGUGAUCAGUGUGGGAAGAGCUUCAAGAACUCAGGACACCUGACUAGUCACAAACGCAUACACACAGGAGAGAAGCCUUAUAGCUGUGAAGAGUGUGGGAAGAGCUUUGCACUGUCCGGAACUCUGACUACACACAAACGCAUACACACAGGAGAGAAGCCUUAUAGCUGUGAUCAGUGUGGGAAGAGCUUCAAUCAUUCAGGAUCCCUGAUUACACAUCAAUACAUACACACAGGAGAGAAGCCUUAUAGCUGUGAUCAGUGUGGGAAGAGCUUCAAUCAUUCAGGAAAUCUGACUUCACACCAACGCUUACAUACAGGAGAGAAGCCUUAUAGCUGUAUUCAGUGUGGGAAGAGCUUCAGGAAGUCAGGACACCUGACUGAACACCAGUGCAAACACACAGGAGAGAAGCCUUAUAGCUGUGAUCAGUGUGGGAAGAGCUUCAAUCAAUUAGGAGACCUGACUAAACACCAACGCAUACACACAGGAGAGAAGCCUUAUAGCUGUGAUCAGUGUGGGAAGAGCUUCAAUCAUUCAGGAUCCCUGGUUACACACCAACGCAUACACACAGGAGAGAAGCCUUAUAGCUGUGAUCAGUGUGGGAAGAGCUUCAAUCAAUCAGGAGACCUGACUACACACCAACGCAUACACACAGGAGAGAAGCCUUAUAGCUGUUAUCAUUGUGGGAAGAGCUUCAGUAACUCAGGACACCUGACUGCACACCAGCGCACACACACAGGAGAGAAGCCUUAUAGCUGUGAUCAGUGUGGGAAGAGCUUCAAUCAAUCAGGAGUCCUGACUAAACACCAACGCAUACACACAGGAGAGAAGCCUUAUAGCUGUGAUCAGUGUGGGAAGAGCUUCAAUCAAUCAGGAUACCUAACUAUACACCAACGAAUACACACUGGAGAGAGACCUUAUAGCUGUGAUCAGUGUGGGAAGAGUUUUGCUCAAGAUUCCACCCUGACUGCACACCAACGCAUACACACAGGAGAGAAGCCUUAUAGCUGUGAUCAGUGUGGGAAGAGCUUCAAUCAAUCAGGAUCCCUAACUAUACACCAACGAAUACACACUGGAGAGAGACCUUAUAGCUGUGAUCAGUGUGGGAAGAGUUUUGCUCAAGAUUCCAGCCUGACUACACACCAGGUCACACACACUGGAGAGAAACCUUACUCCUGUCUAUGUGGAAAGAGCUUUGCUCAUUCAGGGUCACUGAAAAAACACCAGAAAUCACAAACAUGUUUUAUUUUAUCUCCCUCCUCUCCGGCACCGGUUCCAGAUCUCUAAAUACAGUUUCAUUAGAAAACAUCUUGUAAAGUCUUAUUACCAUGGUAACAUGUGUAGAUAAUAUGCAGCUCUGGAUCCAUAUGUAUCAAGCGUCUUGGAGUAGGAGUGGUGUGUGUGGUGGGGUGGGGGGGUUCAGAGCUGUAUAUUAUUUCAUCAACUCCUGUUAUCCAUUAAAUAACUGUAUAAUGUAGAAUAAUGUUUCAACAAUACUCUGUGUGUAUUCAUGUAUUCAAAAGAUUAAUAAUUAAAUCCAUUAUCUGAUCAACGUCUGCUUAUCACAUUAAUUAUAGACUUUUAAAAUCUAUAAUAAUUCAUUUUUUUUAUAAGGAGCAUAUGCCUCUUGUAUAAUUUGUGUUGGUCCUAAAGAUGUUAACAUUUCUUUUUAAAACCCUUCAUCAGGUUUUACUGUCACUUAUGAGGCAUAAGGAAGUGUGGUCUAAAAUACUAUUAGUGUGGUCAAAUGAUGUUGUUGCAUUUGUUUUCAAUGAUUUUAAUGGGUAUGUCUUUCAACUUUCCUUAUUGUACAGUACCAGCCAAAGGUUUGUCCUUAAUCAUUACAGGGUUUUUCUUUAUUUUACUGUUUUCUACAUUGUAGGAUAAUAGUGAAGACAUCAAAACUAUGAAAUAACACAUAUGGAAUCAUGUAGUAAGCAAAAUAUAUGUUAAAAUCUUCUAGGUAGCCACCCUGUGCCUGACUCAAUCUGGACUCAUCAGACCAAAGAACAGAUUUCCACCGGUCUAAUGUCCAUUGCUCGUGUUUCUUGGCCCAAGCAAG